AUGCGUUCAUAUCAUGCCGCCAUGAUCCGACGCAACUCCGAUCUAGAAAUCCAUCUACCAGAUGCAGAUGCACCUUCAUCCGCUGGAAUCAAUUCCACUGAUGUAGAAAUGCUCACAUCCGACGACGAAAAGCGAGUUCUCUCACUGCCCCCUCAUAUCGCGGCUCGUUUCUAUCGACGAUCCGCCAGCGCUCGACGCGCAUCCGAUAAGCUCUCACGCCGGGGUUCUGUCUCUUCGAUUCACUCGCAUCACUCGAAUACAUCUGCACACGGCGGCCCGCAAAGCGACCACGUUGCGCAGCAUCUCCGUCGUGCCUCCAUUCUGGAAUCCCGCAAAGCACGCCUAGCCGACCGCGCUGCUUAUGCCGAGAAAGUGAGACUCCGGGCAGCUGUUGCGAAAGCUGCAACAAGGAAUCUCCAACGAGAAGAAAGGGCCCUGGCUGCGCAGCAGGCUCGUGAACGACUCCUAGCUGAAAUUACCGCGAAAUGUGAAGAUGAAGUCCGCCGGGCCAAGAAGAAAGCUGAAGAAACUCGCGAAUUGAAAGCUGCAAAGUACGCUCGUCUUCGUUUGGAAAUGGCGGAGAAGUUUGCCGAGGCUGAAAAGAGACGGUUACAGUAUCAGCAGACGCACCGGAGGCCACGGACGGCUAGUCUACCUUCUGGAGAAGAAAGCAAGAUGGUGAAAACGGUGCUCAAUUCAUUGACGCGUGAUGCAGCGGCUCGGAUUAUUCAAAAGGCUUGGAAGAAUUAUGUUGCGCGAAAGGUGAUGGGUUCAUUCCGAUCUCUGAAUCUCUCACGAGAACAAACUGCUAUCAUGUCCUUCGACGAUUUGAGUUCGCUUCUUUCGGAGGAUACCGUUUUGGAGACAAUGGGGAGAGUGCUUCGACUCUGCGGAUUGCAGGACAUGGAUGGUGGACCAGUAAGCGAGCGAGGUGCUGUCCGGACAUUUUUAAGCAGUUACUUGAUUCUAUCGCAUCCGUCUUCGGUGAUGAGCAGCGGUGGCGAGCAAGAACAAGACUUGACUGAGAAAGCGCGCGACUUGGUUGUGUCAUUUGAGCAGAUCACGGAGCGGCUUCUGAAGCAUCAGUCUAUCACUUCCAUGUCCAGCGAGCUUCAGGUUCUGCGGGAAGCAUACGGGGUCUUUUUCUCGGCUUUUCAUGCUUGGAAGACUCACGAUUCUACCGUGUUGAUUGAGAUCAUGCUAGCUCAAUUCGUUGAGUUGGAGCUUAUUUGGCAGACUGUAAAGGAAGAUCGAGCAGGAGGUGCCGCAGAUGAAUAUUAUCAGGGAAUUCGACACAAUCAAAUUAUGCUUUUGGCUAGGUUGAAACGACUUGCCGGUUCCGAUAGGGCUCUGGACAUGGUCAAAGAAGCAUUGAGAAAGGCCAAGCGAGAGAAGAAGCGCUCAAAGUCGUCUAAACAAUCGAUCCCACGGUCCGCAGCAGUUUUGAAUAAUGCCGAUGCUCACGCGGAUAGCGUUUCGUCUCCGAUCAGUGAGACAUUCAACAAUGUCGAAAGUGCCGUACUGCAUGAAUUGGACAAGCAAAGAUUGUCACCUCAUGAGAGCUUUACGAAAGCCUUGACAGCUUUACCUGAAAACCGUGUUCUAGUACACGAAUUAUUGAUCAACCGGGAGUUCAGGAUUGAGCAAACCCAAUACACCGCUCCUCGCCAACAACUCAUGAAACAUAUGACCGACAUGAUGAGAAGUGAUGUUGAUGCAGGUCUGGGAACAAAGUGGAUAGUUGCAAUGGCCACUGUUAUACAAGACCGACUUUUGAGGUCCUUGAGACCCGGAAAUUCUCUGCAUGUUUUGAUCAGCGAGGCAUUGGACCCGAAGUUGAUUGAGAAUCAAUGUAACGCCGGUACAUUCUCGUACGAUUUUUUCUUCGAGUUUAUGAGUCGUAUACUGCCUCAACUUUGCGCCCCUGCCCGUGACGCUGAAGUCAAAGCUUUUGCUGAAGACAAGUCGGCUGAUCCUAUUGAUCGACUUUCUAAGUUGAUGGGUAUUAUUGACCUGUUAUCUUUGGACCAUACCAAUUUUAUGAUUCAAGUCGCUGCUCCUCAGCUGAUUCAAGAAGCACCGGGUUAUGAGCAGAGGACAUUUCAAAAGGGACUUGAGGAUGGUACCAUCAACCUUGACAAGACCAGGCGAUUCUGGCAAAAAAAUCAUAAUCUCGUGGUUGACGAUAUGAAGCGACGAGAUCCGGAAAUUGCAGAGAGACAAAUACAACCUCCAGCUGCCAAGGUUUAUGCGCAAGGCCUGGUCGAUCUUGUACUCAGUAAUGCCCCUGUUCCGUCAGAUCUUGUUCCUGAAACACUCGAACUGGACAAUGCGCGACUUGAAAAACUGCACAUGACUGCAUUCAAGAUUGCUGCGACGGCAGCUGUCCUCCUUACCGCGAAAAACUUAUUGAAACGAGAUGUACGAUCACAAUGGAAAGCAGAAGCGGAUCGCAUCUUGUCCCUUGAUUUUGCCGAAAUCAAACCGGAGAGAAUCCAGUCGAUUAUUGAAUCUACUCGACCGAUGCCAGCUGCUGCUCGGAUACAAUUGUUAUCGACUAUGAGACGGGUAUUGAACCCAGUUGCCACAGCCACUACCUCUGUGGACUACACAUUGAGUUCUCAGAUGCCAUCAAUUGAAUAUGUCUCGGGAGCCGGUUCCUCCUCGUCUUCUACUACUUCCGCCUCCACAUCCACCGUGACUGAGAGCACUACCACAUCAUCAUCUUCCUCGUUCACAGACCCGGUAGCACGACUCAUGCUCUCCCGUCUUCGCACUCACAUCUUAUCCCGACUCAGCGCUGCAAGUGCUAGCGAACGAGUCCGCGCAACAACCACGGCAAGUCAAUCCCUGGCCGCUGCGGGGAUGCCCGAGUUCGUCAACGAGGUUGGUAAAUUGGUCGAUGAGUUGAGUAAAGUGAGGGAUGUAGACUGGACGUGUCACAGCUUGGUCUAUGAGAGGGUUAUCAGUGAAUCUGUUACUAGUUAGACGCACCAGAAGACUCGUUGAUGCUUCAUAGAGUUUGCAUUGGUUUUCGUUUCUGCUCAAUUUUGAAUGGAUUUGGUUUAUGAUUUUAUUCCUCAUUUGUGCCAUAUUAUCGAUGCAUACUAAAUUGUUCAAGAAUGAUAUCAUUUGUUGAUCCUAUUCC